AUGUGUAUAGCUGCCGGCAUUGCGAUCACCCUGCAGAACAUUGGAGCCAUGUCCAGCUACUUGUACAUAGUAAAGUAUGAGUUUCCACUGGUUAUCCAGGCUUUUCUGAAGGUGGACAAUCCAUCAGGGGAGUGGUAUUUAAACGGCAAUUACCUGGUUGUCAUUGUAUCGUGCAGUGUCAUCUUGCCGCUGGCUUUAAUGAAGCAGCUCGGAUACCUGGGCUACACCAGCGGUUUCUCUCUCAGUUGUAUGGUCUUCUUCCUUAUUGCGGUGAUCUAUAAGAAGUUCCAGGUGAAAUGUCCUUUUGGUGACUUUGCCCAUAACAGGACAGUGUUGGGCUUUAACACAAGUGUGGCUGCUGAUCCCGGAGGAGUAAAGAUGACCCCUGAGGGUGACCCUGCCUGCACCCCCCGCCUCUUUAACCUCAACUCGCAGACGGCCUACGCGGUUCCCAUCUUGGCGUUCGCGUUCGUGUGCCACCCUGAGGUGCUGCCAAUUUACACUGAGCUGCGCAACCCUACAAAGACGAAGAUGCAACACGUCUCCAACAUCUCCAUUGGAGUCAUGUACAUCAUGUACCUCUUGGCUGCUCUGUUCGGGUAUCUGACCUUCAUUGAUAAGGUGGAAGCUGAGCUGUUGCACACCUACAGUCGAAUCGACCCGUAUGACACGCUCAUCCUGUGCGUUCGUGUGGCUGUGCUGACUGCCGUCACACUCACUGUACCCAUCGUGCUGUUUCCUGUAAGGAGAGCGAUUCAGCAGCUGUUCUUCCCAAAUAAAACCUUCUGGUGGCCACGUCACAUUGCCAUAGCUGUCACCCUCCUCACCCUCAUCAACUUACUGGUCAUCUUUGCCCCGAACAUCCUGGGCAUCUUCGGGGUCAUCGGUGCCACGUCCGCGCCGUGCCUCAUCUUUAUAUUUCCAGCUGUGUUUUAUAUCCGCAUUGUUCCCAAGGAAGAGGAACCCUUGCGCUCAGCGCCGAAAAUCCUCGCUGCUUGCUUCGCUUUAUUAGGAGUCCUAUUUAUGAUAAUGAGCCUGAGCUUCAUCAUCAUUGAUUGGACAUCAGGGACCAGCAAAGGAAGCAGUGGUCAUUAGGCCUCACCCUCUAAUCUCUAAUGGUUUAUGCUUUUUAAUAUUACUUUCGGGUCAGUAGUUGGGGAGGAUGCAUAAUCUCUCAGUGAUCAGUCACAAGAGUAGUACCAGAUUCCUAGCUUUAGUUGCAUUCAAUGCAUUAUUUAGCCAUGUGACCUGCAUAUGCUGUAAAUGGGGUCUUGCCCCAUCUCAGGCCGGCAUUAAAUCCAUUAAAGACCAUCCGCUCCCAAAAAGGAGUGGUUGGGACAUGGAAAUAGGGAGAAGAUAACCAGAACGAGAAAAUCAAAGCCCAUGAUAGUUAGAUUGUGCCAUAGCAUCAGCACAUGCAGUAUGCAGGGUUUGCAAACAAAAGGGAUUUUGCAUUCUAACCAAACAGACUCAUCCGCUGGCCCAACCUCCCAUCCAUCCCUUCAUAUUAUGACCUUUGACCUCUGCCCUUCGGCCACAUUCACGAGAUUAGAAUCACAGUAAGUGCUCAGUUCUUAUGGGAGGAUUGGUGGCUAUUAAAGCGUUUAUUUCAUCAUAUCUCAUUUUAGAUAUAGCAAUACUCUGUGCAAUAGCUGUGAGAUACGACACUGAAGGCUGUUGAGAGGCGACACACGACCUCGUCCAGAAUCCAGGCUUGAUUUGGCCGCAGUCUAUUACACAAUUUCAAAUUUAUGCAAACUAUUUAUAGAUGUACCUGUCACAUUUUUAUAUGGAUUUAUAACGUUUAUCCUUUCUACGGUAUUUAGAGAUAAUAUAUUAGUAGAUAUAUGUGAGCAUGAAUAUAUAUGAUAUAUAUAUAUAUAUGAGUAUUCCGAUUCAUCCGGUGUAAUCAAGGUUGUCUAUCACAUCCCUUUACAAUAUUUGUGACUAUUCAGCUAAAAUGCCAUAUUUAGAAUAUUUAGAUUUAAAAAGACAGAAUUAUUCAAGAUGAAAGGCACAUUCUUCUUUUUUUAGGAACACUACUGGUUGCAAUGGGAAAGCACAGAUUGGAAAGCACAGUUAAUCAUAGGGUCAGUUUGUAAUGAUCCCAUGACUUCUGCUGACAGACUGAUUUUGAAACACUCUCUGGAUUUAUAUGCAGAGAAAACCAAAAACACAGAUUCACAGGGUCUUCUCCUUAACUGGAGAAACAAAUGUGCUGCAUUGAUGCACAUAAAUGUUUUAGCUACAGGGCAAAAUGGUGUACAUGUGGUAACAUUGCCCGAUGGAAGCUGAUCGGUUUUGCUUCUAGAUAGGCUUAAAAAAGAGGCUAUUAACCCAAGUAGGCGGAUGAUUUUGGUCAUUUGGCGAAUAUUGAAACUGUAGCACUUUCAGUUGAAGCACAACUUCCGCUCCGUCUCUUGACCCAGUUACGACUUAUGACAUAAUCAUAGAUUAAUAUAUUUUGUAGACAGACAUAUGAAUAAAAGCCUAUGUACUACUAACUGUAAAUUGUUUGAAGAAAAAAAAAAAGUAAUGUGUGGAUGUCUAACAUGGUACAUGAAUAUUUUAAACUUUGUAAUUGAAACUUGUCAUCCUAAAAAACUAUAAAUCAAGCACUUACUGGCCCAUAAUGAUCUUAGUGGUAACACUGUGGUGUUUUAGUGUGUGAAUGUGUGUUCUCUCCUCUUCUCGCUUUGGAGAAAGAAUACUUCAGUAAGUGAAUGUACUGUAAUGGACUAUAAGAUGUCUAAAUGAGAUGUGCAUUUAAAUUGUGGUACUUUUUUAUUCAUUUUUGUCUGUUUAAUUCAUGUUUAAUGGAUAGACCAGCCACACAUAUAACUAAAUCAUCAUAUCGGUGAACCAGUAUUUGCAUAAUUACAUAUCUCGAUAUCUUUUUUCAGUGUUUUACAUGUCCCUGGUGCUGCAUCGAGGGCCUGUCAGACAGUAAAAAGGCACUG